AAUAUGACAUUUGGGUGUAGCUUAUAUGUAGGCUAGGCUUAUUUUGUGUUAGUUCGUGGAAUAGUGUAGACAUUUUUGUGCAGGUUUUCAUAUACUAUUUAGUGAUUCAAAGGUGAAAAUCGUUUGCAAUAUGGAGAGUACUAAACUCCAGCAGUCAGAAAUCUCUGAGAAGGUGAAUGAAACCGACCCUGCCUCUGCCUCCAAUAAAAAUUCAGGAGAUACUAUAAUUAAGAAAAGCAAAAAGAAAAGAUCAGGGCCUUCAAAACGAAAGACCAAGAAUGAAAAAUCAAUUUCGUUGAGAGUUCACCUAGAUUUGAAACUAUUGGAACCCUUGAAGUUACCUGAAAAGUUACGCAAACAAAUAAAAAAACAAAUGGCAGAACAGGCUCAGACCAGUAGAACUGAAUCAGAUAAAAUCAAAGAAGAAAACUCUUCACCUCAAAGAGUGGAAGAAUUGAGUCAUAAAUUAGAAGAAGCAAAGUUAAAGGAAAGCUCAUAACAGUGAAAAUAUAAGAUAAGAAAACAAUACAUAUUGGAAUUUUGAGUUCCAUUCAUCAUAUGUUAUUCAAUCAAAAGCAAGAUUCGUGAGACAUGCAGUAAAAAGUGUAUAUUUUUCAAAUUAUAACUAUUGAAUUUCAACUUUUCUUUUAGUAUGAUUAUAUAUUUUUAUUUCAUUUGUAUUUAUUUCAAUUUGUAACAUGGCACUAUUUUCAAAAGAUAAUUGAAUGUUAUAAUAGAAUCACACUUUCAACCUCGCUUUCAACCGAAGAUUGUAUUACUGUGAUAUAUAAUGCUAGAACUUUCAUUUAAAUGGUUAAUAUAUAUUAUAUUCAAUUCAACAGAAAAAAUUCUACUCAUGUUUUACAAGGAAUUAUAUUCACUUCCUUGUAUAUUUUACAAAAGAAAGAUACAUUAUUAGUAAUCACAGUUAUUAUUUAUAUGUAAUUCUGAUUCAACAUACAGAAAUAGUUUGUCAGUUUAUAAAUUAAUGUUGUUUAUGUACGACCUAAUUGAAUUUGUUUUUUAUAAUUUAAGUACUAGUGUGAGCAGAAUAUAAUAAUAUACUUUCAAUGAUCUCCCAAUUUUGAUGAAUUAUGUUACAAAUACUGAGAAAAAAAAAUUACUUUCAAAACUGAAGAAAUAUUCAAUUUGAUGCGAAUCCCUCUAUUCGAAUGAAGAUUCGAGUCCUAGGGUUCAAUUAAUUUAGUAUAUUGCAAUAAAUGAAUUCAAUGAAAAUCGAGAUUAAAGUUAAUUAUCUUUCUGA